AUGAGUCCUCUGAGAAGCAAGGCAGAGGAUUCCCCCAGCCCUGCAGUGCUGGGGCUCAGGGCUGCUCUAAAUGGUCCUUUGUCAGUGUCUGAAGGUGCUGUGGAGCUGAGGCUGGUGGAUGGUGAACAUCGCUGUGCUGGGAGAGUGGAAGUGAGACAAGAGCAAGAGUGGGGCACCGUGUGCGAUGACUACUGGGAUAUGGACGAUGCAGAAGUGGUUUGUAAGCAGCUGGACUGUGGGACUGCAAUUGGAGCUCCCCGGGGUGGCUAUUUUGGGGCAGGAACUGACUUCAUCUGGAUGGAUGAUGUCACCUGUAAUGGUACCGAGUCUGCCCUGUCUGACUGCAAAUAUGAAGGCUGGGGAAAACAUGACUGCGAUGAGGGUGAGGAGGCCGGAGUGAUUUGUUCAGGAUUUGUGCGUCUGGUGGGAGGGCAGAGCCGCUGCUCAGGACGUGUGCAGGUCCAUGCCGAGGGACAGUGGAAAGGCGUCUGCAGCUCCCACUUUGGUGCCCAAGCUGCCGCUGUGGCCUGCAGGGAGCUGCGCUGCGGUGGGGCCCUGUCUGUGUCUGGCACAGCUGCCUCUGGAGCAGGACUGGGUGCCAGCUGGGACAGAGAGCUGCGCUGCGUGGGGAAUGAAUCCCAGCUCAUCUCCUGCCCCACGGGGCCCUCGGGGGAGCGGCCCUGCAGCCAGCAGGACAGCGCUGUCCUCACCUGCACACUGUCUGAAGGUGCUGUGGAGCUGAGGCUGGUGGAUGGUGAACAUCGCUGUGCUGGGAGAGUGGAAGUGAGACGAGAGCACGAGUGGGGCACCGUGUGUGAUGACUACUGGGACAUGGCUGAUGCAGAGGUGGUUUGUAAGCAGCUGGACUGUGGGGCUGCCCUUGGAGCUACCCAGGAUGGCUAUUUUGGGCCAGGAUCUGGGUUCAUCUGGAUGGAUGAUGUGACUUGUAACGGCACCGAGCCUGCCCUCUCUGACUGCAAAUAUGGAGGAUGGGACAAACAUGACUGCGAUGAGGGUGAGGAGGCUGGAGUUAUUUGUUCAGGAUUUGUGCGUCUGGUGGGAGGGCAGAGCCGCUGCUCAGGACGUGUGCAGGUCCAUGCCGGGGGGCAGUGGAAAGGUGUCUGCAGCUCCCACUUUGGUGCCCAAGCUGCCGCUGUGGCCUGCAGGGAGCUGCGCUGCGGCGGGGCCCUGUCUGUGUCUGGCACAGCUGCCUCUGGAGCAGGACUGGGUGCCAGCUGGGACAGAGAGCUGCGCUGCGUGGGGAAUGAAUCCCAGCUCAUCUCCUGCCCCACGGGGCCCUCGGGGGAGCGGCCCUGCAGCCAGCAGGACAGCGCUGUCCUCACCUGCACACAGUACGCAGGGUUCAGGCUGGCCAACGGCAGCACAGCGUGCGAGGGGAGGGUGGAGGUUCAGCUGCUGGAGACCUGGGGGACCCUCUGUGCCUCGCGCUGGGAUCUGGCCGAUGCCCACGUUCUCUGUGGGCAACUGGGCUGCGGCUUUGCCGAGUCCAUUCCUGGAGGAGAGCGUUUCGGCCCGGCGCCCGGCCCUGUCUGGAGAGACUCCUUCCACUGCGAUGGGACUGAAGCCCGGCUGAGCCAGUGCCCAGUGACCGCUCUGGGGGCCUCCCCGUGCUCCCGCGGGAACAACGCCGCGCUCAUCUGCUCAGGCCCCGUGGGCUCCGGGUCCCUGCGGCUGGUGGGGGGAGGGAGCCGGUGCGCCGGGCGAGUGGAGAUCUUCCAGCGCGGGACGUGGGGCAGAGUCCUGUCUGAGCAGUGGGACGUGGCGGAGGCCCGUGUGGUGUGUCGGCAGCUGCGGUGCGGAGAGGCAGAGACGGCCUACAACCCACCCAAGGCCAAGCGAGGGACGGGCCCCGUGGGGCUGCGAGGGGUGCGGUGCCAGGGGCACGAGGCCCAGCUGAGCCUCUGCAACGUCUCCUGGCCCGGGAGGCCGGCGGCAGAGGGGGUCGUGGAGGACGUGGGGGUGGUCUGCGAGGGGAGCCGGCGCGUGCGGCUGGCGAACGGGCCCGGGCGCUGCGCCGGGAGAGUGGAGAUCUACUCCCAGGGCAGCUGGGGCAGCGUCUGCGAUGACGGCUGGGACCUGCCCGAUGCCGCCGUCGUGUGCCGGCAGCUGGGCUGCGGAGGGGCCGUGCGGGCGCCGGGCUCUGCCGCCUUUGGGGAGGGCUCCGGGCACAUCUGGCUGGACGGCGUCAACUGCUCCGGGGCCGAAGCCGCUCUCUGGGACUGCCCGGCUGGGCCCUGGGGGCGGCACGACUGCGGGCACAAAGAGGACGCCGGAGCCGUCUGCUCAGAGUUCACGGCCCUGAGGCUGGAGAACAGCGACGGCUGCUCCGGCCGCCUGCAGGUUUUCUACAACGGGACGUGGGGCAGCGUUUGCUCCAACUCGCUGACUCUCGAGACGGUGUCACUGGUGUGCAAGGAGCUGGGCUGCGGGGACACAGGGACCCUGGAAUCGUUCCUGCCCCAUCGCAGGGUGUCUGGCCCCGCCUGGCUGGACAACAUCCAGUGUGGGGAGAGAACCAGCUCUUUCUGGCAGUGUCCCUCCGCUCCCUGGAACCCGCAGUCCUGUGUCGAUCUGCGGGAGGAGAUCCACAUCACCUGCAACGGGCUUCGCUCUGCAGUGCCCCCGACCCCGCCGGCCCCGUGCCCCAACGCCACGAGCUGCACAGACAGGGAGAGGAUCCGCGCCAUGGGAGGAGAGGACGGCUGCUCGGGCCGGGUGGAGCUGUGGCACCGCGGCUCCUGGGGGACGGUGUGCGACGACGCGUGGGACGUGCGGGAUGCCGAGGUGGCCUGCAGGCAGCUGGGCUGUGGGCCCGCCGUGGCCGCCCUGCCCGAGGCUGCCUUUGGGGAGGGCACGGGCCCCAUCUGGCUGGAGCAGGUGGAGUGUCAGGGCACAGAGGCGGCUCUGCAGCAGUGCUGGGCCUGGCCCGGGGACCGCGGGCUCUGCCGGCACAAGGAGGACGCGGCCGUGCGCUGCGCGGGUCCCACACGAGGCCGUGUGAGCAGCAACGGGAGAGUCUCGGUGCCCGUCAUCGUCUGCAUCGUCCUGGGGGCCCUUCUCUGCCUGCUCCUGGCCCUCCUGGCUGGGCAAGUGCUGAGGCGCAGAGGCUCCAGGAGAGCUCAGCAGCCCUUCCCCGAGGCCGUGUACGAGGAGAUCGGUUACAGCCCGGUGUGGCAGGAGCAGGAGAGGUUUGGGCACUCAGGCUCCUCCUCAGAGGGGUCCCUGCCCCGGCUGCAGCCCUCCCCUGUGGCCAGUGAGGAGGAGGAUGCUGUGGGAGCAGCUCCAGACAGCCCCGUCCUGCCCUCAGGCGGCCCAGCGGAUGGCUACGAUGAUGCCAGAGAGGUUUCUGAGCCCGAGGAGGCUGCUGGCCCUGGGCAGGGAGCUUGGCAAAGGCCCAGGGAGCCGGAGGAGGGAGCAGGGCCCGGGGACGUGGCCGCAGGGGCGAAGCUGCGCUCCCGCAGAAGCGCCGGGGUCCCUGGAGCUGGAGGAGAGCCCUCGUCCCUGUCCCGGGGGAGCUGCAGCUACGACGAUGCCCAAGAGGUGUCUGUGGCACGUCCCUGUGAGGACACCAAGGCCGUGGCACCGCAGGUCGGGGCACAACAGCCCCCGACGGGAGCGCGCGAUGCUGCCGCAGGGCCGCAGCAGCCGGGAGAGCCCUGA